GCGACGUCACUUUGUGAGUUGUCUUGUAUCACUACUGUUUUGGUUGUGUCAGGAUCACCGGUAGCCUCGAUAAAAUGGAGAAAACUGCAGAAAUGGAUAACUUAGAAAUGCGUCUCCAUGCGCUAGAGGGUCGUAUAUACGGCGAGAGAAGAAAUAAGAGUGGAAAAAAUGUCAAGUGUGCGGAGUCUCUGGCCAGGAUCCAAGCAGCUCUAACAAACACAGCCAACAAGAGAGAACGAGUGAAGAUCCUGCACAAGAAAAUUGAGGAUCUGCUGAAAUAUCUGGACUCUCAGUUCACCGACCACAUCACCGUACCUGAUGCCAUGAAGCUGGAGUUUAUCCUUGCUGAGGAGGAUUUCUUGCUUUCCCAGGCUGCCUUGCUGGAGCAGGUGAGCAGUCUGCAGCCACUGCUAGACAGCAACUACAUUAGAGAUGUUCCUGAACAUGCCACCAAGCUCCAGCGCCUGUCGCAGAUUCACAUCAAAGAGCAGGACCAAACAGAGGCUCAGUCCCUGGAGGUGAAGAAACUGUUUGAGGAAUACAACAAAAUGAUGUUCCUGCUGUCCAAGCAGUUCACCCAUUGGGAUGAGACACUGAGGAAGCUAGAGGAGGCCAAAGGCAUCCGGCCGGUGGAGUAACUCCUCUCAGACAGUGGUGAUGAUGAAGACGGUUCUGCAGCAGGAGCUUUAGACCAGACAGAUGUUCACGUGAAGCUUUGUCACCGUGUAAGUCCAUUUACGAAACAGGGCAUCGACUGACUGCUUAAUUUUCCCCAACGGUUUGUGGCUUCAGAACAUUUGUUGAUGUAAUUUCAAUUGUAACAGCCAAUUUCACCUCGAUAUCUUAACUGCCAUUAUUCACUGUUCUUCUUUUAAAACACCAGGAACCCAGAUAACAAACACUACAGCACCUGUUUUAAAGGAAUGUUUGAAGUUUAAAGUGACUCACAUAUCCUGUAAAACUGAUUUUUUUGCAUCAUUGAAGGGAAAUAUCCAACAAGAUAUUUCUUUAUCUAGUUAUCUGACCCAUUAACAUAAGAACUGAGAAAAUUGUCUCUUAUUUGAUGCCGUGUUUGUAGGUAUAACUGAGUCUCUUGGCAGUAAAACAGAAAAUAAAGAGCAGAGGAGGUGUGAAAUGUAAAGGCUCUCCUCUACUGUCUGCAGAUUCUCCCAUCAUGUGACAUGUGGUUCAAACAUCUGAGAGAAACUACUCUAUUUAUUUCCAGACAGUGCUUUUUAUGUUGCAGAUUUACUUGACCAUAAACUGGUCUGUUGUCCUGCCCUAUCUACACCCAGCUUCAAAACCCUGGCAAGAUUAAUUUUACAAACAUUCUCUUAAUAUUGUUUUGUAAUGUGUUAUCACAUGUGUUAAAAAGCUUGACUGUUGUUCAUGUAAUAAAUAUUAUUGCAUCUUGGACCA